UGGCUUUUCUUCUGCCUCCUCCUGCCCUUUCCUCCCGCCCGUGCCUCCUGCCCCCACCCCUGCCACUGCACCGGGCACUCGGGGGCCAUGGCCGUGCUGUGCAGCGCCAAGCACCUGGCCGAAAUCCCCAAGGACAUCCCCAAGGACGCCGUCUUUGUGAAGCUGGACGCAAAUAAAAUCACCCAGGUCCCCAACAACGCGUUCAAGCACCUGAACCACUUGGAGGAGCUGGACCUGUCCCGGAACGCCAUUGAGAAGAUCGACCUGGCCGCCUUCAGAGGGGUGGCCGACGGGCUGCGGACGCUGGAUCUCUCCAAUAACCUGAUCCAGCGCAUCCCCAAGGAAGCCCUGGUCAAACUGAACGCCAAGAUCCGCCUGUCCAAUAACCCCUGGCACUGCGAGUGCGCGCUGCAGGAGGUGCUCUGGGAAGUCCAGCUGGACCCCGAGUCGGUGAGCGAGAUCACCUGCCAGACCUCGGUGCGGGAGGAGUACGUCGGGAAACCUUUGAUCCAGGUCCUGGACUCCGGCGUCAAUUUCUGUAGCAUCCACCAGAAGACCACGGACGUGGCCAUGUUCGUCACCAUGUUUGGCUGGUUCACCAGGCACAACUAG